AUGGGCUGUACUCCGUCAGUUCCAACAACAUCUCCUGAUGAAAGUUUAUCGGAUAAAUUCGGACCGCCGCCACCGAUUCCGGUUGAAAUCGGCAGCGGAAUUCGACACAAUCUCAAUCACGAUGUUAUUAUUGUUUUCAUUUUUGGUGAGUUUCUCAUCGUUUUUUUUUGAAAUUUGGAUUAUUACGUCAGAAGGAUUAGAAAUCCUCGUAUUUUUUUUGGUUGUGUUUUAUUUUUGCUGGCUGUUGUGAAAGAAAAAGUGUGGCGGAGGGAAGGAAAUACAUAUUAGUCGAGUGGAUUUUUUGAAGAAGGAGGAAUAAAAAUGUGGAAAUGUGGAAAUAAAUAGAAAACUUUGGAAAAUGAGGAAAAAAUUGUGAAUUUUUUCAUGCGAAACCUGAUUUUUUAUUUCAAAAAUUAGCUUGAGGAGAGUCUUCGAGGAUUUGAAUCGGGUCCAAAAAGUAUUCCCAGGGUUUCCGUUUUCCAAGAAGUAAAAAAGCCAAGCCUUAGUUAGGCGCAGUCUAGCCUGUCAGUAUAUAUCUCCCAAAUAUUUUUUCCAGGAGGACCAGCUUCUCGAAAAGGUCUAAUAAUCCAAGAACUCACACGAUCUUUCAAUUUUACAUCAAUAGCUGUAGAAGAUAUUGUAUUUAAUUAUUUGCCAACUCGUGUUGGUAACACUGUAGAUUCAAUUGGUGAAAUUCAGGAAGCAUUGAAGGUAGGUAUUGAAGUGAGAGAUCAAAUUAUCUUAAAUUGUUCCAGAGAGACAAUGGGCUGCUAACGUUAGAUUGGAUUUUUUCGAUGAUUAGUGGUAGAUUGUCAACAUCAAUGCAUCAAAGAUUUGUCAUAGGUUUGGUUGUUUUCAAAUUUUUUUUCAAAUACAAUUUUCCGUUUAGAUAUUGUUCCGACUUUAUCAUCAAUCAUGAAAGCUGAAAGUUUUCGACAAAGAAAUCAUGACAGAAGUUUGGAGCAAUUCGAGAGAAGAGUGAGUUAUCCAUUUUUCCAAUUUCCGAAAAUUUGCCGGAAAUUGUUGAUAUUUUUAGCAUCCUAUUGCAUUUGCGUUGGAGAUAAAUGUGGCUGAUGAACGAACACUUUUGACAUCGAGAGAUGGUGGGAGACCUAAUCAAAAUAGUAAGAGACGUUUUCGCAGAAUUUCUCAUUCGAGAUUUUUUUUGAGAAAAACAAUUCAUAUUUCAUUUUCAAAAAAAAUUAGGAAGGUGUUUUAUCCUUUCAAACUUUCCAAAACGAUUUUUACAGAUAGAGAAAACAACAACCACAACAAUAAUAACAGUGGAAAUGGCGCUGAAAAUCCAGAGCUGACCAAUUAUCGAAAUACAAUAGAAGAUUAUGAUCGAGGAAGAUUAGAGAAACGCCUCGAAGACUAUCAUAAUUGUUCGAUCCCAUUUAUUAGAUAUUUUCAAAAAUCUAGAAGAGUUGUAAAAUUAUCCGUAAAAACUGAUGCAUUUUCCAAUCUUGUUCCAACUGCCAAAGAUAUUUUUAUGGAUUUCGGGUUCACUUUGACAAGAAGGGAUGAGCAUAUUUUAGUGUUUUCUACAGGUUUGAUUCUGAAUUUUUUAUUUUUUAUUUCAAAUGAAGACGAAUUUUUUCUUUAGAAACAACGCAUGAAGAUAUCGAUUUGAGUUACUACAAAUUAAAAGUUGUAAAUGCUUCAGAAUUAUGUAAAGCGAGUGAUGAAUUGAGUACACAAAUCGCGGCGGUUUACAAAUAUAUUACCUCACAUUCCCGCCACGAUGACAAUUUUCUGGUGAUAGUUCCCAAUUUCAAUUAUCAGGAUCCAAAGAGUAAUAAAAGAAUCAAUUUCAUGGAAAAAAAGAAGGAAGUUUAUCUCGACGAAUUUAUUUCUAAUAAACAACAUGAUAAGCAGCCAAAGGAGAGGUGAGAACAUUUUUUUUUGAGAAAAAUCUGACAAAAUAAUUUUUUGAAGAAUCCCGGUGUCUGUCAAUUGUAUAUCCUCAUCUCGCCAAACUUUUUUAUUUUUCGAGCCAUUUCCAACGAGUUUAGCACAAACUAUUUCACUUUUAUAUAAUCGAAUUGUGAGUUUAGAUUAUUAUUAUUGAAGGAACUUCUCAAAAAAUCUUCUCAAAUUUAGAAAGACAAUCCAUCUUCAACGAAAGAAAGUUGACGGGUUGGCGUCACGUCAGAAAAAGUCAAAUCCUCCUCUGCAACACCAUCAAAAUCCAAAACUAAUGGAAAUCCUGUUCCACCAGCCGAACCACCUGGAUUGGUUCCAUCUACAUCAACUUCGGAAAAUUCGGAAAUCAGAAGACCAGCUCGAUCGGUUUCCGCUUUAUCGAAUCAUCCAUCGCCACAACAAACUAUUGGAUUCAGGAGUAAGUAUCGGAAAAAUCUCGAUAUUAAUUGAUAUGACUUUUUUGACGUCGACGCCUUUUUGUACAAAUGAUCUACGUGGAAAUGUUAUCUGUUUAACAUUUUUAUGUAAAUUAUUGGUUUCGUAAAUAAUUUCAAAACUUUCUGUGAUCUUCAAAAAACCUUUUUAUUAUUAUUAUGUAUAUUAAUUAAUAAAAUAUGUUCGUAUUUUCAGAUUUUGUUUCCUAAUUUUAAUUAAAAGACACUUAGAAAGCUAGAAAUGUGAGUUCGUAAUCGCGAAAAAUUGAACGCGCUCUUUUUCAAACUUGUAUGAUGUUCGUUUGAAAAAAAAAUGUUUUCGCUUUUUUUGCGUUAAAAAGUGGUAUUUUUCAGUCGAAAAGGGUGUCACAUCAUGUCAGCCCAAUGAAAAUUGGCAAUCGGUGAGAGUGAAGAAGACUUAG